AUGGCUUCAUCGCUGGCGAACGGCGAGACAGCCGUGGUUGUUUUCUUCAUAUCUCAAAUUAUUUUUUCUGCUCCAUUCUCUCUCCUCCAUGAAGCUCUCUCUCUUUCUAUUCUCUCUUUCUUCGCCCUAUCCGUCGAGAUCUCCGCCGAAUUCUCCUCCGAAUCCCUCGCACAAUUCAAGUCCAGGGCAGGUGCUUCGUCGGGGAUUCUUCUGGGGGCGGUUACGCUGCCCGGUCUUAUGUUCUCAAGGUUGAUACAGCUAUUGAGAGUUGUGUCAUUACACGAAAUAGACUCUGAAGAGCUUGAAUAUCUGCGGUUGCAAUAUUGGGCCACGUCUGCCUGCUGCUUCGGGGUGCUUUUCUUCUUCUACUUCAUCGUUCCCCACCUUCCCAAUGAUAAUCAUUCCAUAUCUUUCCAUAGCGACUGGAGCACCAAAUUUAGCUUAAGCUUCAUAGCCCUGUAUGCAGCUGUGUUCUGUGUAUCUUUCGCUACGAAAUUUCAUUGUGGCGGGUACACUGCAGUAAUGUUAUUGUGGGUACUCUGUCAUGGAUUGGCAGCAGUAAAAUUAAUUCAGCACGUGCUUCAUACUUUUCCAGCAUGUGCGUCUAUUGGGGAAGCGCUUUUGGUGACCACUGGUCUUGUUAUCUAUUUUGGAGAUAUGCUUGCAUGUACGGUUGUAAAGAUUAAUGGAUACUUGGCAUCCUCAGAAAUAGUUUUUGUGCAAUAUGUAAUCAGAAAAAGUGAGAUAAGCACCAUUAUUCAGGGCAUGCUGCUUGGUCUGCUUCUUUUUCCAAUGUUCCUUAAAUUUUCUCUCCAGGUCUGGGAAUGUUGUACAAGUUCAGCUCAUGUUGAACAUAGAGCAUACCAUGAGAUUGGAAGAACUGUUAUAUUUUGUGCAUUGCUGGCAUUUAUCUUUAUUUUGAUCAUUCCAUCAUGGAUGCAGUUUGUUCAAGAUUUUCCUGUCCAUCCUUGGUUAUGGAUUGUUAAUUUUGUUUUCUCAGAACCACUCAAGAGGCUCUCAUUGUGCAUCUACUGGGUGGUUGUUAUAUACGUAUCCGUGCUACGGUUUUAUAACAUUUCAAAAAAUAGUAAGAUCGAGAGAAUUCUUCUUCGAAAAUAUUACCAUCUGAUGGCUGUUUCAAUGUUUUUGCCUGCUCUUAUCUUCCAGUCGGCAUUUCUUGAACUGGCAUUUGGUGCAGCUUUGGCAAUUUUCUUAACGUUGGAAAUUAUUCGUAGGAAGACAUCAUUAAGUGCAAAAUCUGGAGUUUUAAGCUAUUAGGGUCCAGUUUUCAAGGAUCAAGGAAUAUAGCCAGCAAGAACUUGUUCGUGGCAUUCAGACUAUGAAGAAAAAAGCAGUAAAUGAGCACAUGAAGCCUCAGGUGGCUCAUAAUCAUUAUCUGUAUCCUGACCAAAUUGAUGAUACUGGAACUGCUUUUUCCUUUUUUUGCUAUCUAGUGCAAAGCAUUUAGGUAUUAGUCUUACUAAUGAAAGAUGACAUUGAAGCUCAUGGAACAACCUGAAUCAAGGUUUCUAAUAUGAUAAACAAGAGUUUUUACCAAGAAGAUGGUUUGGUCAUCUUUCUGAUUUUCUGAUCAAUGACAUAGCUAGCUGCCAUGGUUAUUGUAGUGUUGGGAAUUCAGAGUGCGAUGCAUAAAACAUAAUUCAUAGACUUCUCCUUAUCGUAUAUGAAAGUGGCAUAAAGUUUUGUAUGAAGGAAAUUAAGACCAAGUGUAGCUGAUAUUUCUUAUGUUACAGAAACAAUGUAUGUAAGAAGGCACAUCUUACAAGGCAAUUUGUGUGAUUACUUAAUCUUGAAGUCUACUGAAAAUGAUUAUUGUAAGAUAGCUCGAAUGUUCUUCAAGAUUCAAGUAAAGCAGUUCAAAGCUGGUCGUGGGGGGUGUAGAGGUUUUAAUGGUGGGGAAUCAAUUGUUUACAUCACUUAAGAUUUGGUACUUGUUUAGUUUAUACACAUAACAGGUGCCUUGGUUUGGCGAUAAAGUUAAGACUAUAAAGUAGUUGGCGCCAGGGUUUAAAUUCCAUCUGCCACUUGAACACUAAAAGGAGUAACUUUCACUUAACACAUUUGUAGAUGUCAUACCAUAAAAUCAUUCUUGAAAGCUCCAGUGAAUAAUGAAGCAAUUGAUUUAGCAAUAACUAUGGUCCA